GUGCUGUUCCACCACCGCGACCUGGUGCGGCACGGCGCCGAGGGGAUGCCCCGAGGGUCCCCGCCGCGGCCCCCGCGCCAGCGCUGGGUGUGGAUGAACUUCGAGUCGCCGUCGCACUCGCCCGGCCUGCGGGGGCUGGCCGGGCUCUUCAACUGGACCAUGUCCUACCGCCGCGACUCGGACGUGUUCGUGCCCUACGGGUACCUCUACGUCCCGCCGGCGCCCCGGCCCUUCGUCCUGCCCCGCAAGACGCGGCUGGUGGCCUGGGUCAUCAGCAACUGGAACGAGGAGCACGCCCGGGUGCGCUACUACCGCCAGCUGAAGGAGCACCUGCCCAUCGACGUGUACGGAGCGCGGGGGCUGGCGCUGGCCGAGGGGGGCCUGGUGGAGACCGUCUCAGCCUACAAGUUCUACCUGGCCUUCGAGAACUCCCAGCACACCGACUACAUCACCGAGAAGCUCUGGAGAAACGCUUUUUCCGCCAGCGCCGUGCCCGUCGUCCUCGGACCCCGCAGAGCCAACUACGAGCGCUUCAUCCCCCCCGAUUCCUUCAUCCACGUUGACGACUUCCCCAGCCCCAGGCUGCUGGCCACCUACCUGAAAUUCCUCGAUAAAAACAAACCCAACUACAGGCGGUACUUUGCCUGGAGGAAGAAAUACGAAGUCCACGUCACCUCGUUCUGGGAUGAGCAUUUCUGCAAGGUCUGCGAGGCUGUUAGGGCAGCUGGGAAUCAAAUCAAGACUGUUCGAAAUCUGGCCAGCUGGUUUGAGAGCUGAUGUUCCUGGCGGGUGAGGCCAAGCGCCAAGGUGUCGGGAAGGAUGGGUCUUACAGAGAUCAUUAGCCCAGGUAGCUGGCAUUAGCCGCAGAAGGCUGACAUCAUGUUGGAGAAUCAUACAGGUACAGGAAAACAAGCUGUGAAAAGCCUACAAAAGGAAGAUUUUUAUUCAAGAGAAAAUUAUAAAGGUACAAAGAGACAUUAUGCCAGAUGACUGCUGAAGAGCAAAGUUAAAUUUCCAAAAGUUGUACAGUUACAGAACUUCUAAAGUUCUGCACAGCUCAACAUAAAUAUCCGAUGCCAAAUUCCUCAGCUGUACAGCUGAAACCAAUUUUGGCAGCUAUGACAACUUCCUGGACCACGAAACUUUCCUCUGCUCUCAGAUCAGUGCUAGUUUUCUGUAAUACUAAGACAGAAAUGAAUGUUUUUAACUGUUUUUUGUGCUUGUGAAAACUAUCUACAGACAAAUUCUGAGCCGCAAGUAUUGAAUGUAAGAAUCUCGUGAUACAGUAGCACCUUCUAGCAAUGCUUGAAAUUGCAGCAGCCUGCUCAUAAUGCUUUGAACCAAAUAAUUGUUCCACUUAGGGGAAAAAAAGCGUAUGGAGGGGACUAAGUCUGAGUGGACAAACAGCUCAGAUGAUGUAAAGUAUUCUCUUAACACCUGCUGAAACUAUAGGCAUGUUUAUCCUGUAUGAAAGUAGAGUAGGACUUUAAGUACAGGAAAACACAGACUGUAGGGAAGAAAGCUGGAACAUUUCCACCCUCCCUUUAUUCAGGAAUUAGAAAAUGUUUUCAGGUAUCUGCGUGUUUUUCUCUGCAAAAUUAUUGCCAUACAGGAAAAUGCAGGGAAAGGCUCAGAAUGGCAGGGGUUUUAUUGUUGUACUGAAUACAUAUACAGAAAGGCUGACAUUUUUUCUCAAGUAUCAGUAGACAGUGCUGUUGUGUAGCAGCUCUUUUGGGUUAUGGCAUGCAUUUUCAAAAAUUCUGCUGGGGGACAGACUAGUCAGAAUGCUGUUUUGUUGUUGUUAAAAUAAUAACUACCAAAAAACCACCAAACUCCCAAAUCACUUCCAUUCAAGAAAAAAUUACUUUAUAGAAUAAGAUCUAUACUGUUGGUAAAAUACAGAUUGUGUGAGGAAUGAAUAUAAAAAGGGAAGGAUUUACUAUUUUAUCUUCCUUUGGUUUUUGAGAUCUUUUUCUGGCUCAGUUUUUCAACCAAGAAAUAAGUUCUUAAGGUAGAGUUCCCUUUGCUCAGUGCCUGUCAGGAUCAUUUACAGCAAUUAUUCCCUUUUAGACUCCUACGGUUUGCUGGAGCCAUGCUAGUAGUAGAUGUGUGGUUACUUUUUGGUUACAUGUAAUCUUGCUCAGCCAAAGCCAGAAAGAAACUUCAGUUACAAUUACACAUCCUUACCAAGCUCAGCCUCCCUGUCUUUCACAGCUAUGAAGUUCGGUGGCAAAAAAAAAAGGCAACCUACAAGAGACCUGCCCAAAUGAAUAAGAUAUUCAUUCUGCUGCUUUUUAAUCCAUGGAGUUACUCAGAGACUGCAUUCAGAAUAAAAUCAUGGGCACAGAACAGGUGGGAAAAGAAGAAAGUUGGUUGCAAAUAAAAGAUGGGCAUCAGGACAGGAAACCUCACUGGCAUUUGUGAGUCAUAUUUAGGUUAGAGAAGGAUUAGAUGUGAUUUUAGCAAUAUGGGAUGUUGGAUGAGCGCUUUUAAGAUGUAUGAGCUGGCAGUCUACUGUAACUUAUUUCUAGUUAGAUGUUCCCCCUGAUUAGGUAAGCACGGAACCAAGCCAUUACUGGAAAAAACCUAAUAAUUAUGAAGUUCAUUAAUAAUUUGCACAGUUUUGCCUGUUCAGAUCUUGCAGGUUUCUGCAAUUAAUCCCUUCUGCUUUUGUGCAAGGAGGACUGGCUGAAAGUACUUGAUGAACCUUUUUGUUGACAGUGCCAGAGCUGCUGUAGAAUAUUUAUUGGGAAGGGAGUGGAAACAGUCUAUGCAAUGUGGGAUAUAGUAGUGUCCUGGUUUAGGGAUUAUUCCUAAUGCUGCACUUUAACUUCAAGAGGUAUAAAGUGAUUAUCUAAAAUAAAAGAGUGUUCUUCAUGGCAUGGUCAUCUGUUUCUCUAUCAGUAGUUACUACUCCCAUAAUACUGGGUUUGGUAUUUUAAAAACUCCAAUUUAGUUAUAGCAUUAACAGUAAUACCUAAGUGUCAGUAUGAUAGGUUCCCUCUUUUCCAUUGAAUUUAUAAUAUUUUUUUUUUCUGUUCAGUUCGCAUAACUGUAUACAAAAACCCAAUCUUAAAAGUGAUGAAAUAAUAUUUAAUAUUGCACUACUGUUUAUCAGUCUGUUGAAACUAGUGCAUAUUUUUCAGUCCUUCUAAUUUUUUUAGCAUUUUGUGAAAAUUUCCAGGCACACAGUUCUUCUGUGUAGUCAUUAGUAAUGCUGCAUGCAGAAGAUCAGCCUACAGGAGCAUGGGAAUUUCCAGAAAUCGCAAACAUUAAUAUUUUUUUUCUCAACCUCACUAAAUAGAAGAGUAGAAAUCUUUGAGGAAAUAUUUUUGUAAAAUUCAGAGAAAAGCUACAAAGUAAUUAAAGCAUCAUUUGUGUAAAGUGAUCAGAAUUGUACAGUAUUUGUAAGUUGUGCAUUGAGGAUUUUCAAGAGCUGUACAGUGAAAACUGCAGAUUUGUAAUAAUUAUUGCAGAAUAGAUGCAUUGGGAGAGGAGAAGCCUUUUCUAAUUUCAUCAUUCUUACAUUGAUGUUGCAAAUUUGUGGCUUUCCAUUUGGGAGGAAACUCAGCCCAGGCCUAUACCUUCUGAAAUCAGUAUUACAGAAUUUCUAUAAAUUUCUGGUUUUUGGUCAUCCACACCACAAGCUAAUAGUGUACUGUUAUAGGCAAAGGACUGGCUUUUGUAAUACGUUUUUUAGAGCUCUAGUUCAAUGAUAAAGUUUGCCUGAGUGAACUGGAUUGUAUAUUGGGUACCAGAUUCCACAAGGCAUUGCAGAUGAUGUAUAAAAUCCAGCUGUAAAAAUCGGAUAAGCUAUUUUCUAUCUUAAAUAGAAAAGUUUCCUUGAAUACGUUUUGAAAAAGUUUUUAUUCCAUGCCUUAAAAUAUUGGGGUGGAGGGAGAGAAAGGAAGAUUAUUAUCUUCUGGGUUUUAUAAGGAGAAGAAUUACCAUUACUUUUUGAUUAUGAUGUAAAUGGAAUAGAGAAUUAUGUGAUCCCUUAAAUUUCAUAUUGUAUCUCAGGGAAUUUUAUACUGUAAAAUGUCUUGAUCUUCAUAGAAUGAAGUAAAUUUAUAUUAAUUGUGUAGAUUGACACUCAAUAAAGUUAAAGGAAGUAGUGCAAAACAA